AUGACUAGGGAUCGUAAUAAAGCUCGUCGUCAGCACAAGAAUCAAGCAGAAGAUCAACUCCUCCUCUUCCAACUACCUACUCGCUUCCGGCACACUGUCUAUCAUCCUUCCCUACUCUCCCCAGCCGGUUUGUCUGAGGAACUUUUUAUCUCGACAUUCUUCCAAAAACAGACCUUUUUAUCACAUUCAGAUCACCUCCUCAUCCCAAACCCCGAAUAUCAGUCUCGGAACUCGUCUAUACCCUGCUAUGCAGCAUUCCGACUGAAAGGUAUGGUCUCAGCAGGUCAGCAAGAAACUCUCUACACAUUGGUACAGAACGUGUGGGAUGUUGGCCUCAGGUCUCACACGGUAGCUUCUAGAGGUGCCGAUUUCCAUCAGUGGUGGUUUGGUGUAUGGUGUAGGUAUGCCAAACAUAGUGUCAUAUCGGCCGACUCUCGACAGAAAGGCUCUCAAAAAGAAGUUCUUGAACUUGUCAAAGCCUUUGAUGGUAUCUUUGGUGACAAGCCGAGGUCAAUGCUUCAUCGUCUUGAUAAGAAGGUAGCUAUAUCCAUGGCACACAACCAUUGGCAUGUUCACAAUUAUCUGAAAGGAUUGAAAACCAAGUACGAGAACAAAACCACUCCCACGGACAGGGCGACUCAAAUGCCCUCCAGUUUCCGGAAAACGGCUGAAAGUCUUGAUAGUACUCACUCUGAAGCGAAGGCAAUAAGACUGGGAGGAAUGGGUAUGAUGCUAGCGGUCUCAUGGGGGGAAGGGACGGAAUGGCAUAUCGAUGCUAAGGACUAUGGCCAUCACUACACAAUCGUCUCAGUCCUGACGUCUCCUGCUGUCCUUCAUCUACCUGAACUUGGAUGUACCAUACCUGUGUAUCCUGGCGAUGUUGUUGGCUUCUUGGCCCACCGUUACCUUCAUAAGUUGGAACCACUACCAGCGGUCGGUACCUCACCAUUUAUCAAGAACAGCGCUGCGUUCAUGGGGAUAACUCCGAUGUUGGCGAAGUACAAGGAAAGCGUAGGGAGCGUAGGAAACGUAGGGGAAAGCGUAGGGGGAGAAGCAGGGAGUGGGAGUCGAAGGCAGGUGGUGUUCACUUGCUGA